UUAGUGGGUAGUGAAAAGUACAGCGCGCCACCACUUCAGUAGAAAAAUUUAAUUGUGCUGCUUGCCGUCAAAAAGUUCCGUGCUGUAGCUAUUACUAGUCUUGCUUUUGUGACCCAGUGUCGCUAGAAAUUUAUCAGCAGUAUCUGCCAAAUCAGUUUAUGAACAAUCGGAUUACUCUCAAAAUCGGCUAAUAAAUGGCAUAUGCAAGUUAAUUUUGAUGAAUAUUUAGACGUACAAAUAUCGAUACAAGUGUAGAAGAACUGCAGUUCAAUCGAAUGUGCAGUGGGAAAAGCAGAGCAGUGACGAGUGAAUAAAAAAUAAUAUACAUAUGUAUAGAGAUUUCCAAUGACAUAGCACGUUCACAUACGAAGAGGAUUAAUUUUUAGGCGUUAUAUGAAACAAUUUUAUUAAUUUUACGUAAACACCCAAAAGGUUAUUGGUGUAAUCUCUUUUCGACGAACUAUUUUAGCAUUGAUUAUCCGUCAAUUGAAUUGUGUGCGAAAACUAAGGCAAAGAAACGACGAAAGAAGAUUGUACCAGAGAACAGUGCACGUUCAACAGCUGGCUUUUGUUUACAUCAAUAAUAUUUUAUUCAAAUUAAAUUUCGAUGUUAAAUAUUUUGCUAAAUAUUCUUAAUUAUUUCACUCUUCUAAAAAUAUUCGGAUUGCGUUCGUACGUGACUAUCAUAAAUGAUAGAAAACGUUUUUUUAAUAGCGGUCGCCCUUCGGUGGUCGCCCUUCGAGUGCAUUUUGCCAAAAAUGCAAAAACCACUUGCCGUUCGGAGUCUGUAAGUCCCUCCAUUUUUGGAACAACAAUACACACGCCAAAAAUCAAUGGAGGAGGAGCUCGGCCAAACACCCAGUAAAGGAUGCAAUCAUUGAACAUUUUUUGAAACUACAAAAAAGGGUCACAAACUUCGGGGUAAUGCUAGGCGGCAGUGCGGAUCGUCUAUGCACACCGAGCACGUCAGCUGGCCCAUUUCGUAUAUUUGCCGUUACAGGUUUCCAAAACCGGGCAAAUGAUAUUGUCUAUUGCCCACCGAUACGACCGACAGGCAGCGAGAAUGCCGAGGAUUCGACGGCCGUUGUUUACUUCGGAGGGGAUGUACAGGACUUUCCGGAGAGCAUGGAAACGAAUCGAGAUAGUCGCGGCUAUAUGAAAUACAAUUUAGAGAACUCCGCUAUCCUACUACGUGAGGCUUUUCCGCGCGCACACAUCAUUGUCAUCCGGCCUGUAAGAAUGGAGUUCAAAACAUUCAGCUGUUUUGAUAAUUUUGUACGUGGCAACAACGCCGGUGUCCCUGAUCAUACCCCUAUGAAUCAUGCGUUGCAACAUUUAGAAAAAUUAUUACAAAAUCUUUCUCAACGACUGAUUUCCAUACCCGAAAAUGAAAUAAUGGAUCAAGCUGCACAGGCUGCUGCUGCUGCCGCAGCUGUGGCUGCUGCAGCUGCGUUGGUAUCAUCCACGCUCUCCACAGCAUCUACAGACUCGUCGGCCUCUUCGUCAACGUUGAAUGAUAAUAAUCAGGACAUGGAUAUUGACAUAUUGCAAGUUCAAGAGAAUGUGACUGUUGAUGCUGAUGGUGCUGAAAUAUUUCCAAAUGUCGGUAGUGGUGGUGGUGGCGGUGUUGUUGGUAGCAGUAAUAGUAACAGUGGAAGUAUUUCGGCAUCAGUCAACAACGUUACAAACACUAGCAUGUCGCCAACGAUCACAACUUCACAAAGCACGCAAUCUGCUCCUUUGCAACCAACCACCCAGCAAACGCAGUCCAAUAACGCACAGCAUUUUAAUAAUAUUGGUAAUAAUAGCAACAAUGGUAAUGAGUGUUUAACACAGCAACAACAACAACUUACACGUCAAAACAGCAAUCCUUUAUGGUGGCGAGAGAAUUUGAAUUUGGAUAAAGCAAAGUUGGUUUUAAUUGGCUUUAGCAAAGGCUGUGUGGUCCUGAAUCAAUUCAUUUACGAGUUCCACUACUUAAAAACUCUUACACCGGAUGAUAGUACAAUGAUACGCCUGCUUUCACGUAUCAAAGACAUGUAUUGGCUGGAUGGUGGGCAUGGUGGUCAAAAGAACACAUGGAUAACGUCUAGAAGCCUAUUAGAAACGCUUACGCGAAUGGGCAUGAAUAUUCAUGUACAUCUGACCCCGUAUCAGGUGCAAGAUGACCGUCGGCCGUGGAUACGAAAAGAAGAAAAAAUCUUCACAGAUAUGCUUCGCCGUUUAGGAGCACCGAUUACACGUCAUCUGCACUAUGAUAGUCAAACGGCGAAUUUGAUGACACAUUUCGAAGUUUUGCAAGCCUUUUGUCAGCACAUUCAUGCGCUAAAUCAGCAACAGCAAUUACAAAUGCAACAACAACAUCAAACCACACAACAACAGCAGCAGCAAACAUCAGCUCUACAACCUUUGCAGCAAUCUUCGAGCAACAUUCAAAUGAAUGACCAACUGCAACAACAGCAACAACAACUUCAGCAAGCACAGCAAAACAGUUCGAAUCGCUCAGAGUUGGGCAAGACAAGCACCAGCGGACCGAAGUGACACCACAGGCGUCGCAAUGUUGGCCGCUUACACUUGCGUAGGGUGACAGCUGUAGCGGCACCAACGGGCAGCACUUUGGCAACGACAUCGAAGAAAAUUAUGCACGUACAGCCCCAAUCACAACUGCAAUUGCUACAGCAACAGCAGCAGCAGCAACAACAUCUGCUGCAGCAUCAAUCUGUAGUUGCUGCACCAUCAAACUUUACCUUGCUCGACAUAGCAACCACAUCAAUUGUAAAUAAUUAUACGAGACAUUUUCCACAAAACACCACCACACCGGCCACAGUUACAAGCAGCACAGCGACAACAGCCGCAGCUUCAGUGCAUAGCCGUCAGCAGCGCCAAAAAGCGCCCAACUUGCAGCGGGGCCGACCAAGGCCGAAUCAACGUCACCAUCAUCAUCAUAGAGGGCAGCCAAAUAAAAUUCACCACUAUUCCCGGGCAAAAGGUAGGCUUCUACAACAUCAGCCUUGUCGUUGAGUUUUAGGGGCGGCGAAAAAAGCUUGCAUACAUACAUUGUAUGCUGGUGUGUGUAUAUAUACGUCCGGUGCCCUUUUCUUGUUCAUAUUUAUUCAUACAUCUCUAAAGCAAAAUUUUAUUUUCAUUGAUACAUUUUAUUAUGAUUAUUAUCUUUUUGUAUUUGAAUUCAAUGUGUUAGAAUAAGUUAUUAUGCAAACAGGAAUUAUAGGAGUAGAAGAAAUUUCAUAAUUUAAACUCCAAUUAAAAUUAGAAUUUGAAAUUGUCUGCCGUUUCCAUAUGUAAAAACUAUUUAAAUCUAAAAGUACUGUACAAUUCUUUCUUCCAUUGAAAUAAUUAUAUGUUUUCUUAUUAUUUUGGAGGAGAGAAAAGUAUAAUUUAUUAUGUAACUUUUUUUUAUAAAAGGAUAAACUAAAUUUAGUUAUUGCCAUCAAAGCGAAUUUGGUGCAGUAAAAUUAAGCGAUGAUUAUAUUUUAAGUUGCUAUUUAUAACUCAUACCCAUGGUAAAUUUGAUAAAAUCUUCACAGACAAAAAUAUUUUAUACACAUAAAUCACCAUUAACCAGUGCAAUCCUCUUAGACAUUUAUAUUUAUUUUAAUUUGCUUUAAUUUAUUUUUCUCUAAUUUAGAGUGAUUUCAUAUUAAGUGACUUAUUAAAGACGAAGUUGGAUUUUUUUAUCCAAUCAGGAUAUACUAUUUUGAUUACUUCCCAAAAAACCAAAAAACUUUUUUAGCCUAACAUCAGGGUUUUCGUUAAAGUUUUUACUUCUUUCUUUCUCUAUAUUAAAAAUAUAUAGAAUUAAACAUUACAUUCUCGAGCCGAAGAGAGCUGAAUUGAGGUCCCUUAUUUCAAAAUAAAAACAAAAAUUUGUUAGACAAUUCACAUCGCUUCGCCGCGAGAUAUAACCACAUUUUCGAACGAUCUGCGUAUUUCUCCAUGAUUCAAUCUAAUGCUCACACAUUACAGCUAUCAAGCAACAACGCUGCACGAUUCACACUAAUGAUGGUGCUAAAUUAAAAAAUUCAAAUCUUAAUGCAAUACCCCACAGCUUAUUUUGACCAAAGUAUACAACAUUAAUGGAUCACUUAUUAAUAUCUCUCUUGCUAAGAUAUUUAUGCCUAAUUUAUUUUUCCUAUCCAGUAGCGCUAAUGGAGGAUUUUUUUUUUUAAGUUACACUCUAUAAACAUUGUGGCAAAUACCCGGCAGGCGGUGCACUGCUUUCAAGGCAAAGAAUAUAUGAAAGAGUGGUGAACAGAGCGAUAACAAAUCAGCAGCUAAAUAGAUAUCAGAAGCAUACAUUUUACAUCUUUGCUUUGCCUGCUUAUUUUCGCUUAGUGGAGUUUGGCACACAGCGAACAUAAACACAAACAGCUGAUUUUUUAAAAGUCCUUUGUUUUCAAAAUUUUGGCAGUAAUAGGAAAUAAAUUAUGAAUUUGAUUAAUGCAGAGUGUUAGUAAACAUUUCAAAGUUUUGUAGCAGCAGAAAAAUUACUAUAAUCGGUUGAGUCAUUUUUCAUAAAAUUUUUUUUUUUUUUCCAGUUUGAAAACUAAUUGUAUGAUUUAUUUUACGAGUGUGCACAUUUUGGCUUAUAGACACGCCUAUUUUAUAUGUUAAUAUUGAAAAAGGGAGGAUUGGCUUCAAAAUUAAAAAAAAACCCUGUGCAAAUCGGAACACUCUCUGCAUAGUUAUUAGCGUGCAUGCAUAUUUUGUGACUAUAUUUUAUAAGAUGUAAAGGUAUGAUUAAAUCUGGAUAAACGAGCUCUGAAUAAGCCAUAUAUCUGUACAAGUGAGAGCAAUUUUGAGGUUAUGUCAUUUUAGUUCUCGAAGUUCUGUAAGUGAGAAGUGUAAGUGGGCGUUUUUAUCCCAGUUGCUCUUGCCUCUUUAAGCGAUAGCCAAAUGUAUUCAUAAUCUAUUAUAUAUUAUUUUAUAAUUUUUAUGAGAUUAGUAAAAGCUGUCAGAAAGUUUAGUUUAAAGUAAAGUUUCGUCAGAACUCAAAAAGGGCAAGUAGAAGUGUUAGUGUAAACCCACCAUAUAAGCAAAUAAAAAAGAUUCCAUUACAUGCAGCCGAAAAUCAUAAAGGAAAAUGGAAUAGGAAAUGCAUAGGUUGAAAAACAAGUGGAAAAACCGGUUAAGUGAAUAUUAUCUAUUAACAAAUUAAAAGGUCAGCAUUUGUAGAACAACAUCAAUACGCACGCCACAAAUAAAAGGAGGAGCUCGGUGAAACGCCUAACAGAAGUUUACGCGCCAAUUAUUUAUUUUAUAUUUAUAUCAGCAGUCGCUUAUCCAGGCUGGGCCUUCUUAGAUCUGUUCCAUGUCCUAUCAGAAUUACAUUAUUCAGUAAAAAAUUGCAGAAAAUAUUUAAGCAAUAUGUAGCUUUACCAUAACUUCUACCUAAACCAUCGAACCUGUUUAUUAAGGCACUAGGGUCCAAGGUUAUAUAGCAGAUUAUUCUAAAAAAAAACCUAGGCAGCGCUGGCUGAUUUGUAAAAACCCCCAAGGGUGCAUUGUGUUGCCAAAGCUAUGUUUCUAGAGUCAAAGAUAUCAUUUUUAUAUAAUUCAUAACGCAACGAGUUCUUCAACCAUAUCAAAUUCAGACCGUGCUUAUCCUGCAAUAAGUGCUGUGCAAUUUGAACGGCAGAUGGUGUCUUGGUGAUAUAAAUACACUCGAAAGUUUGCCGAACGAUAUUCUAAUGCCGGCCUACAAAAUUGAUGAAGGUAUUUUUAUAACAAAAGUCAAUCUUAGAAAAUAUAAAGGCGCAUAAUGUGAUAGCAUCUGCUCAAACUGUUUUUCAAAAUUCGGUUAUUUAAUCCAUAUCUGGUCAAGGUUGCUUACUUGAUACGAGCACUCCGUACUCCACUAAUUCAAUUGUAGAUUUUUUACUAUUGGUUUACCAACUUUUUUUUACGACGUAAAAACCUUGGCUAUUUUAAUAAGUUGAAAGAAAAUAUAUUAAAUAAAAUUAUCACGUCACUAUGUACAAUUUUAGUUUGCAGUGGCCAUGCAUUUUCAUUUCUUAUUAGCCACUCCAUUGUCUACCGCAAACCCCCAAUCGUUUCUUUACAAAUUUACACGGAUUCAUAAACAGCCAAUUUAAACAUUUCUUCAAUAUAAAAGUAUUAUUAUUUUUUAAAUAAAAAAGGGAUAUAUAAAAAAAUUGUAUGUAUGCGCCAUAUAUUGCCAACAUUGAAAUGUGUAAGCAAAUUUUUUAAUGUUCAAUCGAUUGUGGCGAAGGCUAAAGUAGUUAGUGUCCUUAGUCGUAUAUGUUGUAUGUAUGUAUGUCCUGAUCAUUCCAAUAUGUACAUACAUCAGAUCGCCAAUUGUAGAUAUGAUUUGAUUGUUAUGAUUCAAUGUAUCGGGUGUUUUUUUAGAAGCAUAAGAAUUAUCGAUAUCGAGAACUAUGGUUUGACAGCUGAGAAUGGCAAACUGUGUUGACAUUUCUGUUCAGUAAGGUUUGGCAAGUCAUCGUAAAUCGUUUAGCACCCGAACAACGCUCCCAAAUUUACUUUGAAAAAAAAAAAUUAAAUCUGUUCUCAAGGUUCAUAAAGCACUGGUGCGGCAUCAUCUUGCCUUAUUUCCAUCAAAAUGAGGAGGAAGCUGGCGUUAUGGUGAAUGGCAAAAUUAAAAAAUUUCUUAAAAUUAAUCAGUUCAACAGAAAUGACAUUUGGACUUGCCAUUCAACGCGCUUAAUAAAUUUUUUGCAAUAUUCAAGCCACCAAAUGGACGCCAAACGGCCAGAUUUAUUGGGGGAAAAAGUAUUGAAAAAAAAAUUAAUUCCAAAAAUAUUUCUGUUUUAUAUUAUCAUUUUAAAUUCUCAAGUUCUUUAAAGCAAAACACCCGAUACUACAUAAAUCUUCAACAAAUAAUUAAAAGUUAGACUUUGUUUUUUUUUUAUUUAGGCACAGGGGAGCAUAUCAAGUUCUACGAUGACAAUGUAAAAACUCUGUUGUUAUUGUUGUUGUAGCAGCAUAAACAUUUCCCAUACAUGUACGGAGAAUGCUGCUGAAGUGACAAUUCGUGGCCGGAUAUAAAUUAGGAUCGUUCCGGUUACGUAGAACAGACUGUCGUGGGAACGAAAAAAUCCUUGUAAAGCCCUUGUUGUUAUUGUAGCAGCUAACUAAACCCUAUCGGUGCAAUGGAGUUACCAAUCGCCUUCGUCUCCAGCUCAGCUAAAUAUAGGCAUAGGUAGGAAACUUGCUGUUUUAACAGGUUGAGUCCAGAGGGAAAGGGGUGUUAGGUGAGUGAGUAGGUUUGAUGGGUCAUGUGAAAGGUGGUGUUAGUAUCGUGCGGAAUGCUUUUACAUGGAUAGGUAGGAGUUUAGUCAGCUACAGUAUCCAGAACGUAAUUGUGCCAAAGUUAUACGGGUCUCUCGGGGUGGGCGAAGCUCUUCAUCUGCUGUGGGUGGUAGUUGGACUCCGAUUGCGGCAUUCAGGGGUCGGGAGUUUAGGAAGGUGGUAAGUGUCUCCCGAUGAAUGUCGUUGAGCGUAUGUCUAAACACUGUCCAGUUCAAUAGUUGUCUGUUAAUUUUGUCCUCGAUCUCGUCGUCCCAGCAAACUAACCCUCUCUAGUGCACCGUACCUUACGCUUGUAAAGCGUUCAUUCAUUUUGCUUGCGUUAGUGCCGAUGAAUAUUACGAAAUCCAUUAAAAGUAGCGAGUGUGUUAAACCAAAUAGCGUCUAAAGCUGUUGUAGCAGCAUCAUUUUUUUUGUCAUUGCUGCUGAAGUGAUAGUCCUUUGCCAGAUUUAAAUUCGGGCAAUUCCGUUAACGUUGAAUCGACUGUCGGAAGAGCGCAUAGCGUCUAAUAUUAGACUUUGGUGUUGAUUCACCUUUACGAGUUUAUUACGAAAGUUAAAAUAGCCCAUUUUCUUCUAGACUCACAUCUAUUAUUUUCUUUAAUAAUGACAUACAGCAAAUACAUUCAUAUAAAAUAUAAAAAAUAAUUAGAAUAAAGAGUUGAUAGAUCUUAAUGGAACAAAAAAUAGAAUUAAAUCAAAAGCUUCAAAAUACAUGAGCUGCUUUUUACCAAGCUUCCCCUUAAAUUAGCUGGUUUUCUUUAUACUCAUUGCGUGUAGCUUGUGAAAACUUGUGAAAGUUUGUUAUAUAAUAAUUCGCCAAAAUAAAACGUUUUUUUCUUUUGUUUCUUCAAAUUCGCUUGCAAUAUAAUAUUCUCUUAUUAUAACAAAAACAAAAAACAGAAAAAACAAUUAAACCAAGUAAACAAAUCUAAAUGCGCACAUACAAGUAGAUGUGUACGUGAAACGAUGCUAUACAAAAAACAAAUAGUAAGUAAAUAUAAAAACAAAUGUUUCUUCAACUAAAUGUCUAAAAAGUUCAUAUAAAAAAUCUCUGCAAGGAACAGUAUCAAUAUGUACUAAGAAUUUUUGUGAAAAGUUCAAAGUUAGUUUUAUUUGCAGUUGGAAAUGUAGGAUACUAAAGUAACUUAAUAGUAAUUAUUAUAAGAUACCAUAAUUGGGAAAACAUUUAAAACAAAAAAAGCUAACUUUCAUGAUAAAUGUACCUUCUCGAAUUGCAGUUCAAAAUUUUGCCACAUUUAAAAUGCUAAAACAAAAAUCCUGUAUGUAUGUAUACACUUUUGUUAAACGUUAUUUGUACGUAUGUAUUGAUUUGUGUACAUAUUUGGCACCUCGGAAUUUUGACUUCGGACGUUAACAAAAUUGUAAGCAUAGUUUUAGUAACAGUCGAGGUAAUAUUGCAAAAAAAGAAACCAAAAAUUUAGAUCAUCAUAUACAUAUGUACCCAAUAGCUGUUUCGUUUUAACAAACAAAUAACUAAUGCGAAUAACACGAAAAAGAAUAUGUGGAAAAGAGUGAGGUACUGUCAUCUGCCAAAUUGCGAAUUUCGAAAAGAGCUUUAUACUGCUUUGGAUUUGAUUUUGAUUUUCUAUCAGCGGGAGUGAUUUGUAUCUAGUAUGUUUGUGGUUUUUCCAAAAAAAAAUAUCAAAUGACCUUUGCAAGUAAUUUUUUCCGAGUAACUUAUCGACGAACUACACAUUACAGAGUGGUUCCUAGCUCUUUCCGGAACUCAACACCACAUUGCAAAUAAUAAAAUAAAAAAUGGAUAAAAAACCAAUAAUAGCAUUAAAGGGCAUGUGAGAAAUCGAAAUGAUGUAAAUGAAUGCAACAAAAGUGAAGAAUUUAUUAAAUUAAAAAAUACUACUUAUGUAUGUAGGUUAAAAUUGUAAGCUAAAUAAACGACAAAAAUGCUAA